CAGCAGCAGCAGAAAACUCGGUAAACACCAGGAGUAUUGAUAGUCAAUCAACAGAAUGACAAGCAACAGGCAGAAUCAGGAACCAAGGCCUUGGGAUAUAAGUGUAACACAACCAGAAUGACCCUGAGAUCAAGAUGGAGUGAGAGGUUGCCAGGGUGAUGGAGUUCCGAGCAGAAAGCUUGGUAACGGUGUUCUUUACAGCUCUUAUUGUCUGCUUCAAUACCCUCACUCUUCUGGUCAUUGUGUGGACAGAAUCCAUUCGGAACAUCAACAAAAUCUACUUUGCCUCUCUGACAGUGUCAGACCUUUGUGUUGGGGUGUUUAUCACACCAUUUGCAGUUUUCAGCUCUUUCAGCAACUCAUGGAUUGUCAAUGAUGAAAAAUUCUGCCACAUCGAGGCCUACCUUCUGGUAAUUUUCUUCAUUGCAGGUUUGUAUUCCUUAGCAUGGAUCAACGUGGACCAUUAUCUUGCCAUCAGAAAACCACAACGACACAAAGUUGCCAUGACAACUGCCCGUUCCCUGUGCUGGAUCAUAUUUGUAUGGAUUGGGGCUGUCAGUUUCUGCAGUCCCACAUUGUUCUCUUUCAAGAAACAAGCAAAGUAUUAUGAAGAGGUUUUUCUGUGUUCCAUAAAUGCUGGUUCUCAUAAGCCAUACUUUGUAACCGCUGGUAUACUGGUCAUCUUGCCUGCUUUCUUUGCAUUGGUGUCCACCAAUGCGUACCUCUUUACAAAGUCAUUCCGUAAAAAGAGACACAUGUAUCAAACCAUUCUGAUAGAUACAGCCUCACGACCAAAUAACUAUUUCAUGAACUUCAUAAUUUCCAUGAUUUUUCUGAUUGCAUGGAUUCCAUGGCUAGUACUACAGAUAUAUGGUGAAUGUAUAGAAAAUAUUUCUGAUUAUCCGCAUUCAGUGCAUUUUUAUUUGUUGUGGUUUGGAAUUGGAAAUUCCUUUUACAAAUUUUUUGUGUAUUUGGUUUGGAGUCGUGAUUUUCGACGUGGUCUACGAAAACUCUGUUGUCAUAAUGAUUGUCGGUGUCCAGAAUGCUCAAUGCCCCAAAGUGCAAGUUUAAACUUUGUUACAGUGACUGCAGGAAAAUAAUAUCUAUAUUACGAUAAAAUGUAACACUGCCCUAUUAGUAAUACAUGUCUGUUUAAAAGCAAAGCUAUGUCAAACCCAUAGGGAAAGAUAUUGCUUUGUCAUUCAUUUAAACUAGUUUGAAAUUGUAAUCAAUUUUAAUUUCUUGAAAGCACAAUGUUUGACUUUAUUGGCUUAAAUGAAUUUAGUUUUUGGACUCCUUGAAACAUUUGGUAAAGUUUCAUGUAGUUCGAUAAUACUUAUACCUAGAUAACAAAAAUUGGCAUUUUCCAAAUUUUUGGGUUUUAAUUGGUGGAAUAUAUCAUUUCAGAUAUAUAUCUCUGGAGCAAUAUCAUAGAAGUAGUAUAAUACAAUUAAUUAUUAUCACUCAAAACCAGUCUAGUAAAACUUUGUUAUAGGCCUUAGGUCCUCUAAAAGUAAUCAUAUGUCCAGUAAGAAAAUAAUAGACUUGCGUGCCCCAACUGUAAAUUCUACAGAAGUUUGUAAAAUGUCAACACAAAGACUUACUAUCUCCACUUAAUCUUUGUCAAUAGCAUUUCGUGGAAUUGCACUCCAUUUUGUGAUCAUCACAUCAUUACCAGUUUGCAAGUCUAAAAAUAUUGGGUGAAGUUCAUCAAGUUUGGACCAGCCAUUGAUUUUUAUCUAAUGUAAACUACUUUUUAAUAGCUUGGUGAUAUUGGUGAGAUUUUAAGAGUCAUACAUGUCUCUUAUUUAUAAUUAAGUGACUAUAUUAAUUUUAGUUCAUUUUCAUAAGCUUGCUGUGAUGUUAUAAAUUUAUGCUGUGAUAAAAAAUGGAAUUCCAGAGCAUCAUUUUUAUCCAUGUAUAUCCAAGCAUUAACCAAUUUUUUUUAUAUAUAUAAAAAAGCACCAUUUAAAAUUGCACACUCAGUAAAUUUUAUAGUGCAAAUUGUUACUUAUGACACUUGUAUGAAUAAAGAGUAGUAUGCAGAGGUAGCAAAUCAAACACACCCAUUUAAAUGUAAACAUCAACAUCAAACACUGGUGUUUGAUGUAAUGUUGCGAAGAAUGUUUUUGUCAUUGAAUUUUAAGAAUUUUCAUGUAAGUUCAAUGAAUUCUUUAUUUUUGAGUUAAACUAGAAAAUUAGAAUUCUAAACAAAAUGGCAAUGGAACUGUGUCCAUUUCCCUUUGAAUAAUAUCUGUUUUAUGAUAGCUAAAUUAUUAAAUCAGAUAUUUACAGGUACAUGUUUCUGGUAUAGGCUUUUUGGUUAACACAGAAUACAUGUAAUGUAUGCAUUAUACAUCUUAGCUGGCUACUGAAAUUUUUUUGAAAAUAUGAUAAACUGAUCAUGGUGUUGAUGCCAUUUUCUUUAUCUGUUGCA